AUGCAUCUGGUACGUAAAUUAGUUGGACGUGUUCGCUCCAAUUCCGAUCUAGAAAAUCAACGUAGUCGUAGUGGAAGCGAUCCUUCCACAGAUGAUAGCAAUAGCUUAAUGAAUUUACGUAAACUUUAUGUGGAUUAUUGCCAAGUACCGGAUCCAUCCGACUCUGGGCGUAGUCUACAAGAAUUAAAGCUGUACAAAAUGUUGCCCUUAUUUUGUCAACUUUUUGGCAAUGCACAACCGUCGGAUAUGUUUGAGCGAUUUGGCGAUAUCUUACCUUUUACCAAACAUGUCAGUCGAUUAUUUGUCAGUGAAAUUCGUCGUCGAGUCUCCAAUCAUGCUAGUGAAGAAGCGAGCUCAGCAAUUAUUGAAUACUUAGAGACUACUGAUCAAUCAGUUCGUUCUGGUUGGAAUUUAUUAAAAACUAUCCAGUUGUUAUCGGCCGGCAAUUCGGCUAUUGUUGCUAGCUUAGUUGCAACAUCCUUACCUUCGACCAUGGUCAAAUGUAUGUAUUUAUUUUAUGAUUUACCAUCGCCUUGUAAAAGUGAUGAGUUAACUUCCAAUCGUCCAAUCGAGACGACUCCAUCAACAACCACUUUAUCAACACAACAACAACAACGUCGCCAAUUGCAGAUCAUGUAUGGCAAAAUAUUAUCACGUCUUUGUCAAUUUAUUGGACCUAUUGAAGAAUUAGUACGUAAAGACGAUCUUGCAUUAUUGAUGAGUGCAGUCACAACUUGGUGCCCCAAUUAUAAUAAACCAUGGCGUAAUAUCGCAUCCUCUUGUAUACGAACAAUAUCCUCAUCGAAAUUAUCCACCAUGGUUCUCGAUUAUAUCCACAAUAAAAACUGUAUCAGCGUCUGUGUUAAUAGCAUGCGGAAAUUGAAAGAUGUUCCACCUCUGGAGAUGGUUGAAAUGUUUGUCACAAUAUUUUGCUGCUUAAAAGAUACAAGCAAUGCCACUCAGACUUUAUUGGACGAUUUUCGUACUUGUAACGGUUAUCUGUUUGUAACAGAAUUCUUAUUAAAAGUUGAGAGUCAACUUAAUUCGAUUUCUGACCAAAGUGAAAAACAAUUAACGGAAGAAGCAUUACGUAAUAUGAUUUUAUUGAUUGCCUCAAUGGUACUAUAUGGUUACAUGAUCUUGAAAGCAAGUGGACCCUUAGAUAUUUCACCAUAUCAAGAAAAAGACUUUGUAAUACCUCAGCCAACAUCGAAAGGAAACGUAUCCGUUAGAAAUAUCGCUGCUUUUCAAGUUUUACAGACAGUCUUUAUCAGGGCAAAUUCAACAUUUUUAUCAAAUACAAUCUUGGAUUCUAUCAUCAAUAUCUAUAACUCUGAAGCCGCUAACUAUUUUAUAUUGUCACCUCAAAAAACCAUAGCUAAUUUUAUUGAAAAAAUGUCUUCUAAAUCUAUAAGUGUCCAGGAAAAAAUUCUUCAGCUUUUAGAAUACGUUGCUUGUAAUUUAAAUUUUGUUCCUCAGUACGAACUAUGCGAUCUUGCUAUUGCUUUACAAGCCUACAGUGAACCAAAUGCAUGUAUAUUUAUCAUGCGGUCAAUGAUUAAGUUAGUCAGCUAUAAUUCGAAAUAUCAGGAUAUUUAUCGAGAAGUUAAGCUAUUGGAUGGCUUAAUAGUCCUGCUAAAGAAAUAUGCCAUGCUAAUGAGGGAAAAUGAAUGCGAGGACAAUAAUAAUGAUAAUAAUAUUAAUAAUCUGUCUAACUUAGAUAGUUUAGAAGAUUAUGCAUUUAUGCUCAUGGAAACACUACGUGUAGUUUUAGAGGGAAAUACAAUCAACGUUAACCAUUUUAGGCGCGAUGGUGGUGCACGCUGUGUGCAUAAUUUAGUUCCUUAUUCGAGGUCAAGAGCAAAAUCUCUUAGAUUAGUUCAGCAACUUAUAUUAUCUGAAGGCGGUGAAGAUGAUUUAGGAACACUUUUGGGUAUGAUGAAUUCAGCUCCUCAAACAGCUGUCGAACUAAAGAUCGAUAUUAUGAAUACCUUAGCCAGAGUAUUUUCGUUAGAUCCCAGCAUGCGCUCAUCUUUCCGAGAGGUGGGUGGAUUUAUUUAUAUUGUAUCAGUGCUUGUAAGUAUGAAUGGCAGCCUUUCUUCAAAGCCAUUUCAAGCUUGGGAAACAGUGGAUCAAAAGCAAAUUUUAGGCUUAUUGAAAAUGUGCUUAAGGACUUUGACUUUAGCGAUGAGAGAUUCACCGGCAAACAAGAGAUUUUUUACAUCAGAGGUCUCAUUUGAUAGCUUGGCGGAUACACUACAGCUAUUGGGUUGCUUCAAUAAUAAUACUUGCCUUGAAUCCUACUGUAAUCAGCCUACUGAUUUAUCUGCAGAAACUACAGAUUCUUCCAAUGAAAUUUCACAUGAUAAACCAGCUGUUUCAGAUUCCGACAAGGAAAUUUCUUUUCCAUCGCUAAUUGCUGCGGAAAGAGUGAUAACUUGUGUAUUUUCUAUGGCUUUAGACUUAUUUGAUUGGAAUGAAAAGUUAAUUAUCUCACGAAGCUAUAAUGAAGUAACACAGCCGCCUUCAAAUACGCCAUUACUCGUUAAUCCUGGUGCUUUAUGUGUAAUAAUUAAUCUUUUACCAUGUGUUGGAAAAGAGGACGAAACGUUAUUACUGCAAAAACGUAUUACCAAUAGAAUUAAUCGUAUUAUACAAGUGGAAUAUAAUCAACAAACUGCUUGUGAUGCCGGUCUCAUAAAUAAAUUGCUAACAAAAUGCCAAGAAGCUCUAUCUGAUGAUUGCCAUCCGUUGCAUUUGUUAUUGCAAACGUUUGAACAUUUGGCAGCUCAGGCAAUACAACCAAAUGAACUAAGAGAAUUUCUCAGACUUGGAGCACCUUUGCACUGCUACACUUGGCCUGUGCGUAAUUAUGAAGAUAUCGUUAAUUUACAAAAAUCGCCGAAUGAGACAGAUGAAGACGAUUUAAAUAAUACCGAAGUCAUUACCACAACUGAGGCGGAUAGUAGCGGUGCAAUCUCGAAUUUAUCUGCAAAUCAUGGAUCAGUCUCUAUAAAAAUUGUUAAAUCUUUAGUUUCCAUGACAACCCAAAGGGAUAUUAGAUUUCAAGGAGCGUCUCUAAUGCCUCAAUUUAUCGAAUUUGAUAUGAAUAGUGAUGGAUUCGGUUGUCUAUGUUUAUUAUCAAUUGCUCCUCAGACUAUCGUAGCUGGCUUUGUAACAGAUGAAAAUGACAGCGCAUUAGCUCAAGGAUUAACCGGAGGCGUUGGUAAUGGUGAACGUCUUUUUCCGCCCCAAAAUGGUUUAACUUACGCCACUUGGCUUUGUGUUGAUAUAUUUAGUUCGCCCACAAUUGAUGCACAUCCUAUUCGGUUAUUAACUGUUGGGCGAUGUACGAACACGAACGGUAACUUAUCAAAUAGCUCUAUACCUUUAUCUAUAUCAAUUUCUCCAUUUGAGCGCACAUUAAUUGUUAGUACUGUUGAAAAUUAUGCUGGCAACUCGCAAGAAGCUGAUAGCGGAAGCAGUUUUAUUGGAAAUCACGAAGCUUGCUUUAAAUGCGAUCAUUUGCUAAAAGAGAAUGUUUGGAGACACAUUGUCGUUAUCUUGAAUAAAGGGGUUAUCAAAAAUAGUACAGUUUCUUUAUUCAUAGACGGUAUGCUAAUAUCAACUCAGAAGCUACAUUACGUCCAAAUUGGGUCUGGGUCAAAUACUACGAGCAGUAACAAUGCCAAUAAUAGUGCUGUCAGUAAUUACUACUUUGCACGAAUCGGUACACCUCCUUCUCAGCGAAGAUUAUCAAAGUUAAAGUUCCGAUUAGGGCCAACGCACUUGUUUGAAGAACCGUUAUCUACAUCGUCUGUGACAACCCUUUACCUCCUUGGUCCAAACUAUAUUGGAAAUUUUCAAGCUCCUAUGCUAGAACCAACGAUGUGCGCAGUUGCAAAAGAACGUGGUUUAACACUACCAGUUCUUCAACCGAUAGUAUCUGAAGAGAGGAUAAUGUUCAGCAUUUAUGGUCACGCUCUGACUACAAUGACAUUCACAUCUAUUGCUCAUCAAUUUGCUAAGAGUGACGCUAGAGCUAUCGCGAAAGAAUUGGGAUUGCAACGUCAAGAUAGUAGCUUGCCAAUAAGUUUUAUUGUUAAUUCUGCUUGCCAUCUCAGUGGGCCAGCACGAUCUCCUGGGGCUGUUGUUGUAAGUUCAGCAGGCACACGAGUAUUUUGUCCCAUGCCUGUUGCCCAAGCCUUGCAAUGUAUCGGUGGCGUUAAAGCGAUAUUAGGCUUGGUCUCUAUGGCUAUGACAAUGGAAGAACUCUAUGCAGCUGUUAAAGUUCUGGUAUCUGUUGUUAGCUGUAAUGGGUUAGCAGCUAGAGAAAUGGAAAGAAUUAAAGGCUACCAAAUAUUAGCUAUGCUUUUCAAGCAUAAAUCUCACCUUAUCAAUAGUCAUAUUUUACACUUGAUUUACACGUUGGUUGGGACUGUCGAUAGCUCUAGAGAGUCUAGUGCCUUACCAUGCCUUCCAGCUUUUGUGGAUUUAUUAUGCGAUUUAGAGAUAUGGAAUUUAGCACCUGGUGACCUACAGUUAAUGCUAUUUGAACAUUUCUAUGAGCUUUUAACUCAGAAUAGUAACGCUAGUUUUAAUAUUACGCUGAUGAGAAAACUUGGUAUGGUCUCUAAAUUAAUCCAGGUCUUGCGUAAUGAGAGUGUAAGGUACGAAAUUGGUGAAAGUAUUGUAAACAUAAUUACGCUAUUAUUAAGUGGAGCUCCUAGUAGUGCAGACCUAUUGCGACUUGGACAGUAUCUGAUAUCGACUCUACCACCGGUUAGUCCAUCGUCUGAAAAGCUAUUAUCAUUUAACGAUAAAAGUUCCGAUACAGAUACUAACGAUGUGGAGGAAUACAAAGAUAACCCUGUAAUUAAGAAAAUCAAGUUAAGAAAUCUUCUGUUAGAAGCAUUAUAUAGUCUAUCAAUUGGAAAUAGUAAAGAUGUUAAUCAUCAGAUGACCGAUGCGAUUGUUAAAGUAUUAGGAUUUGAUUGGCUUGCUACCUUUUUACAUGGCGCUAAUCAUAAAUCGACUGUAAUAUUGGCUUUACGAAUGUUAAUUAUAAUUCUUCAAAGUAGUAACACAACUUUAAGUAAUAGUACUUACUUAACAGUUUAUAAAGAAGGAACAUUCAAUGGCGGUUGGCUAUCAAAUACAGAGCAUAUCCUCAACAAUACAAUUAAUACAGUUGCUUGUGGAGUCAGUGUUAAUACUGCCAAUCUAAAAGGAUCGCGUCAGCUUGAAAUUAACAAAGAUUUUUUUAAUUUACCUGGUUUUGUAAUGUUUCAAAAUAUAGCCAUGCAUAUGCACAUUGAUGAACCUGAAAUUUAUUACAUGCUAAUUGCAUUGCUUUUGGGUAAACGCUUAAUGCAGAGUAGUAUGGAAAAUAUCAAAGAGUUUGAUUUAUCUACGCUAUUCAACGUAUUUGAUUUAGCAAAAGUAUCCUUAAACGAAAAUCGCGUUUCUCAAAAAUCAACAACUACUUAUGUACAGUGUCCGAAUGUUGCAGUUGUCUUACUUUCAAUAACUAGAAGAAUGGUCAAUCAAUUCCAGAUGGAGGAAACUGCUACCUUAAGGCACUAUCCUGUAACUAUUAUCCAAUUUCUCUUCUUUUUAUAUUGUCAUAUACCAGAAUUUGCUCAAUAUUGUUCAAGUCAAGAAUUCCUGGAAGCGUUAGCUGCCACAUUGUUCCCGCUUACUCCUCAAUAUAAGUCUCUAUCAAUCGAUGAAUGGCAAAUUAUUGCUAGCGAUGGUGAUAGUCAUGAUUUUCAACAUGACACUCCACAUAGCCCCACAACGGCAUUUGAUGGCUGGACGCGACUUUGUUCUCACCCUGCAAAGCGUUACGUAUUAGAAUUUAUACGUGAUAUUAUAGCUGAUGGCAUGAUAUCUGAUAAACAGAACAAAUUGCCAGUUGCAAUCGAAUUUGCUUUGGAAGCUGCUCCAUCUCAAUCACCAAAUCGGUUACAAGCAGAUUAUCAAACUGAAGUGAUAUGUCUAAUGAUGAACUAUCUAAUUUCAUCAGAUGCCUUAGGUGAUCGAUCAAGCCUAGUAAAAGCAGCUGGAAAUUAUUCCAGAGUUUCAAAUAAUGUUUUACUUUAUUGUGCUAAAGUUGUCGAUAAGUUAUGGCAGGGAAUGUUUACGCAAAACAACACGAGAAUAUUUGAUUUUUUAAUCCGAAUGAUUGAACAAGCCAGACAAUGUCCACAUUCUGUGCAAAUAGAACAAUUAUAUCAUUGUCUUAACCGAUGUAUCUUAUAUCAGCUUUCUCGGCUUCAACUAAAAAAUGUUAAUAAAGCACAAAUUCUGGACACUUUAAAGUUGAUUAUGAGUUAUAAUAAGCUCAUACUUAGUCCUAGCAAUAACGACCACGAAUUUCUGGCAUGUUUAUGCCAUCACCUCCUCUCCCUCAGUGGUAAUUCGGUACCUCAUGCGAUGACAGAUUUCGAUUCCAGCAAUUCAUCCGUUAGUAGUUCCUUACAGAAGCUUGUUAGCGGUAAGGGCACCGAAAACAAGGAUGAUAUGCUAAAUAACGAAGCUAUAAUUUCCACUUCUAAACGCCUUUGGGAUAUUUUAUUAUCAAAUAAAUCGGAGAUCCUCGAAGAAAUUUUUAAAACUACUCUAGCUAAGAAGAAGCAAGCAAAUAACGAAAAACUAUCAAUUGCUGCUCAAGCUGCCAAGCACUGGAAUGUUUAUCAUGCUAGUGAACAAAGAGGAGAAGCUUCUGUGAUGAUCACACAACAAGCCGUUAGUCUUAAAUCCAAACGUGUUAUUUCUCGGCUGUCAAAUACAGUUCGUAGAAUAAAGAAAGAUCCUAAAAUAAUCUCUGCACAUAUACUUAACCAAGUAAGUCAAUGGAUAAUGAAUCAUAAAGCUGUCGUUAGCACCUUAAUAGAUGUUAAUUAUCGAGAAUAUAAGCAGGAGUGUCAACAUUUACUACAGUACGUUUCCGAAGAAUGGAAUCAACUAUGUUACGAACUAAUUCGUGAACGUGGCAUUUGGGGUCCGUUAUCUGGAACGUUUUUAGACAAAUGGAAAUUAGAUGCAACUGAAGGCCCAUGUCGUAUGCGUAAACGAAUGAUUAGAAAUGAAGAUUUUUAUAAACAUUAUCCGUAUGUCAUGGAUGGCAUAUCAGAUGAUAAAUACAAUGAGAAAUUUCGAAUAGCUAGAAGUUACGACAGUAUGGAAUUCUAUCGACUAUUUCCAGAAGAAAACAUUUCACCAGAACUUUAUGUUAAUAGUACGCUAAAUACAGUUACAAUUAAUAAAGAUAUGGAAGCAACUAAAUCUGAACCUUUGGAAAGAACUACAAGUUGUGGAGAUGAGACGAAUGAACAGGAGGAUAAUGACCAGGAUCGGGAUCAUCAAAGUGUGUUACGUUUCCUUGAAGUUGGAGACAAGAUUACAGCGAUGUUCAGAUGUGCACGAAUUGAAGGACUCGAUAAUUCUGAAGGUGUUCUUCUAUUUGGCCGUGAACAUUUCUAUGUUGUUGACGGAUUUACACUAUUAGCAUCGAAAGAGAUUAAAGAUAUAUCGUCUCUUACUCCCGGGAGUUACGAUCCUGUCGUACCGAGAUCAUCAUCAAAGUCUACACAGCGACGACUUAAAAGAUGUUGCUUAAAAUGGUUCUACGGUGAUGUACAUGAAGUCUACAAACGCCGGUAUUUGUUACAGCCUACUGGAAUCGAGUUCUUCUGUAAUGAUGGCAGAAAUUCGUUACUGGUGUUUCCAAAGAGUAGUAGAGAUAAAGUAUAUUCAAAGUUAAUAUCGAUAAUACCAUCUAAUGCCGGAAGUGCAACGGAGUCAUUAUCUGGAAUGAAAAGAAACAUUGAUUUGGAAUCGAGUGUUGGAUUAUUAAACACUUUAAUGGGUGAACGAUCGGUCACACAGAGAUGGGAGAGAGGAGAAAUAAGUAACUUCCAAUACCUUAUGCAUAUUAACACAUUGGCUGGUAGAUCGUAUAACGAUCUAAUGCAAUAUCCUGUUCUUCCUUGGAUUAUAGCCGAUUACGUAAAUGAGGAAAUUGAUUUAACAAAUAGUAAAUCAUUUCGUGAUUUAUCAAAACCGAUGGGAGCUCAAGGAGAAGAAAGAGUAAAAAAAUUCAUGAAGAGAUAUAAUGAAUGGGAUGAUCCAACCGGAGAAACGCCACCAUAUCAUUACGGAACACAUUAUUCCUCCGCUAUGAUUGUAGCCUCGUAUCUUAUUCGAUUAGAACCCUUCACUCAGCACUUCCUGCGUUUACAAGGUGGUCAUUUUGAUCUACCUGAUAGAAUGUUUCAUAGUAUUCAAGAUUCUUGGAAUUCGGCUUCGCAAACUAAUAUGGCAGACGUGAAGGAACUAAUUCCUGAAUUCUUCACUUUACCUACAUUUUUAAUGAACAAUAACCACUUUGAUUUAGGUGAAAAGCAAAAUGGAACAAAACUAGGAGAAGUUAUCUUACCGCCUUGGGCAAAGAAUAGUGCUUAUCAGUUUAUCAGGAUAAAUAGAGAGGCUUUAGAAUCCGAUUAUGUUAGUGCCAAUUUGCAUAAAUGGAUUGAUCUCAUAUUUGGUUACAAACAACAAGGCCAAAUGGCUAUCGAUUCCAUAAACGUGUACCAUCAUUUGUUUUAUGAAGGAGCCGUUGAUAUAUCAACAAUUCGUGAUCCAUUAAAACGAAAUGCUAUUAUUGCAUUUAUCAAUAAUUUCGGUCAAAUACCUCAACAAAUAUUUAAGAAACCUCACCCAGCAAAAAGAAUGCGGAUACCGGACACCUUACCAUCAAUAACUACGCCUGGAUCCUCUACUUAUUCUCCGUUUUCUGCCAAUAAUGAUAAACUUUUCUAUCACGCUUUAGACAGCUUAGUUCCUUCUUCUCAUCCUUUGAAAGAAUUAAAAGGGGCAGUUGGACAAAUUGUACAAACGGAAAGAAGUAUUUACGCUGUGGAACGUAAUAAGGUACUGAUACCAUCAAACUACAAUCGAUGCAUGGCUUGGGGCUUUUCCGAUUUUAGCUUCCGAAUAUUAACCCUAGAAGGCGAUAAACUUCUUGCUGUUUACGAAUGUGUUCAUUACGGGCAAACUCUAUGUAUUUGUUGUCCUCAUGAUCGAAUCUUCAUUACUGGAGGUACUAGCACGGCAGUAUGUGUUUGGAAACCGGAAGUAAAUAAAGAUAAAUCCAAGCAAUUGAAACUCAAAGAGAUACUAUACGGCCACACUAAAGCAGUAACUGAUAUAGUAGCAUCGCUUGCAUAUAGCGUGAUCGUCAGCGGAUCAGAAGAUCGUACUUGCAUCAUAUGGGACUUAAAUCGCUUGCAAUAUAUAAAACAGUUACCCGUUCGUAAAGCUCCUGUAACUGCGAUAGCCAUAAACGAUAUGACAGGUGAUAUUACAACCUGUGCUGGUAGUUGGAUUCAUGUCUGGACAAUAAACGGGGAAUUACUGACAGCAUUUAAUGCUUCUAUAAUCUCUAAUAGUAAUGUCUUGUGUUGUGCAGUAUCUGAUCUCCGCGAUUGGGAUAAAGAUAACGUAAUCGUGACUGGAUCAGCGGAUGGCAAGAUUCGGGUAAGUUUCAGAUGGCAUAUCUAA